UUACGACCAAUGAUAAAUUCAAUUGCUGUUAUGUAUUUUAUUAAUUUAUGUCGAGUGGGUGGAUGUAUCGCUUCGCUGUCGUCUUUUGUUGUGGACGUGGCGGAGCGGAGGGGUGUAUGUUGCGCUUUGCCAUUGUCUUUUGUUGUGGAUGUGGCGGAGUGGAGGCAUGGUCAAGGGACAGGUGAACGGGCUGGCCAGUCCAGCAGAUUGGCGUGUGGGGUGUGGAAGGAUACUUGUGACGCUGGAGUGGACUGGAGGGCGUGUUGUGCAUCUGUGCCGCUACUAUUCGGGUUUGCUGGAAGCGGUAGAUGGUUGGAUACGUGAUGGGGUGUUUAUGCUGUGGGGACGCUGUGUAUAUUUACCUUGUUUGGGAUCUUCUCUCCGGGACAUCUGUGUCGUCAAUACUGUUGAAUCUUUGCCCAAUAAACGGACUGAUGCAACAGCGCUUUUGAUGCCCUGGAGAAACAAUUCAACAGUAAGACAUGGACGCGCUCAAGUUGGAGCGAGGGGUGGCCAAGGGUCGCUUCACCAGGAAGUGCAACAUACUACAAGAAAGGUUGGAUGAAAAGGAUGCGCCAGCUGUGCUGAAAGGAUUGUUCACUGAGGUGGAAGAUGCAUUCAAGGUGCUUGAGGUAAAACAUGAGAGUCUUUAUUCUGAAUUACUUGGAGGCAAGCAAGAUCCCUCAUCCUUAAGUGAGGCAGAGGACUAUAUCUUGGGUUGUGAAAGAAAAAAAACCACAUUAUACUCAAAGGUUACUAAAGCGUGUGCAGAUGAGAAGGACAAAUUUGAGACUGCUAUAAAAGUUAAACGACUAGAUCCACCCCUGUUUUCUGGUGAUAUAAGGAAUUACGGCACUUUCAAAAAAGACUAUAUGAGAUUAAUCGUCCCGGCGUAUGGGAGGGACUCUUACGCUUUAAAGAAAUGCCUUUCAGGUGAGGCGUUGAAAUGUGUGGAAGGUGUAGAGGAUGACUUUGAAGAAAUGUUCCUUCGCCUUGAUGACAAAUAUGGUAACUCUUGUAAAUUAACGGAAUGUAUUGUGAGUGAGCUAAAGGGCUUGAAACCUGUGCAAGAUGGGGACUCGAAACGAUUAGUCCACUUGGCGAAGGUAGUGGAACGUGCUUGGUUGGACAUGAAGAA